GAUGGCUACCGCUUGUACCAGCGCGGAAGAGUUCUCGGUUUUUUAAUGUUGUUGAAAAUGUAGGCUUUGUUAUUUAUCGUAAAAACGUCAUGUGUCAUUAGUCUUUAUUUUUGUUUGUCACGUGAGAAAACUGAUAAACCCUAGUCCCCUAGUGGUCAUUAUUUCACCCGAUUUUAAUUAGUACAAAGGUAAUGUUAAGACCAAAGAAACGUCGAAAAAAUAUUCAGGCUCAGCCUUGAGUUUAAAAAAAUAGUUUGCCUGUGAUUAAGAGAAAUGAAUGCGGCAAUAGCUCUUUGCAGUUUCUGUGAAAUGCAUGGACCAAAAAUUAUAUUCACAACACAAACAUUUAAAAAUAAUGAUGAUCAAAAUCUUGAUAAACUUAAAUUUUACGGACCAAAAGAAAUAUUUACACAAAAUUCAAGUUCUCAAGCUGAAAUACAACAGGAUUGUGGAGGAUGUCAUAGUUUAGGUGAUUUAAAAUAUUUAAGCAAUGAACAUGAGACAAGAACAUCAUUUCUAUCGGCUCAACAAUCAUUAAUGAUUGACAUUGAUAAUUUACUGCGACAUGCUUGUAUUAGGAGUCUAAGCUGUGAAGUACAUCCUGGAAAAGAAGGAGUUUGCUAUUUUGGUGACGAUAAUCGGGGUCACGUUUUAAGUCAUACGUUUACUCUAAAGGAUGCUCAAGCAAGAGGUUUUAGAAGAUGGUGUAGUUUCAUUGUUUUUAUGCGUGAUAAACAGUUCCUAUUGAAUAUGUGGCCUUUUCUUGUUGAUAAUUUAAAGGAAGUGAUACGUGAAUUGCAAGACUAUGCCGAAAGAAACUACAAUAUUGAAGAAGCCGAAUGUCCACAAAGAGCUGUUCGUCUUUCUAAUGCUAAUAAUGGACCCUCAUCACAAAUUACUAACAAAUAUCCUAGAACUCUCAGUAAAAUUACAAAUGAAAAACACGUUUAUGUCAGAAUACACAUGUGGUUAGUGUGGAUUCUCAGUGCUGGAGCAAGACAUUUUGUUGAAGUCUUACCAUUUAGUUUGCUCGAUGAUAAAAUGAAUUUUAACAUCAAAGAUCAUAUAGGAGGCCCUAUUGGAUAUAUGUUGUUCAAUGCCAAAUUGCCAGUGACUUUAAAUUUAGAUUUAGACGUUCCUCAAAUUGACGAAGUUUCAAACACAUGUCCAACGACAUUUUUGCGUAAUUUGAGAGAAGUUCUGGGAAAGGAUCAAUUUCGGCAAAUUUUAUUCGCCGUACUUACUGGCGUGCAAAUAUUAGUUCGUGGUCCAAAAUUGCCAACAUUGAAAUCUUUAUAUAGUCUCUGUUCUCUUGUGCCCAAGGCAUGUCGAAGAGUAAAAACACAAGCUGUUCAAUAUUUAGACUCUAAUAUUUGCAAUUUCAUUGGUGUGGAUACUACAGUUGCAGUUCCAUUGCCUUGUUCUGAUGUAUGUAGACUUGAUAUAAUUCCACCUGAACAUAGGACGGAUAAUUCAAAGUCACAUGUUAUUAAAUGGACAGGAGUUUUACCUCCAAAACUUCCGACACUUUUGAUUAAAAUGGAAAAGUCCAUUGAAAAUGAAAAUCUCACGAAUUCAGUUUUGAGAUCUCAUUUUGCAGCUUUGCAAGAAGAAUGGGCAAAUAUUGCAAAAGUGCUUCAUACAAUGAGAGGAAGAGGCUGCAGAGGAGAUCUUCCUGGAUUAAUGUUGAGCUUGGGCGCGGGACCACAAGAUCAAAAACUAUUGGAUGUAUGGUCGAUGGGAUUACCUUCAAAUCCUGCGUGAUUAGCAGAUUUUCUUUCUUUUUUUUUUUUGUAUAAAUGUAUAGUCCGUUCUGUUAAGGUUGUGUUUACUAGAAUUAUUGUUGAGAAAAUCAUUUUCCAUUAAAGCAUGAAUGAUAUACGCAAGAUUAACUGCUCGUAAGAUUUAAAAUAUAAAAAGCUGGCUUGGCAAUUUGUGAUUUUAAAGAAAUUUAUUAUGAUAAUGUAAAAGUUCCUUUGAAAAAGUAUCGAAUGAUAGUGUGAAACAGAAAAGUAUACGUAAAAAAUAAAAUUAAAAAGAAAAAUCGAGACAAAAUAUUAGUUUCGAUUUUAAAUAUAAAUUUAAGGGGCGAAGAUAAUAACUAUAAUUUUAGAGCAAGAAUUUUAAGUCUAGAAAAUAUUUUUACUAGAAAGAAUGUUGAAAAAAAAAAUUGUUAAUAUGAAGAGUAUUCUAAUAUUGUGUAAUGUAGUGUGUUCAAAUUUGUUAUAAGAAUUUGUUUAUACAAAGUAGAUAAAAAAAAAUAAAAGUUUGCAUUAAAUAAAUGUGUUUUUAAUA